AUGGCCAUCCAAAUGUCUUUCCGCAGCGCGCCGUUUUCUCGAAGCGCGCCGUCUCCUCGUACCGCACGGUCUACUCGCAGCGCGCCGUCGCCGCCGCUCCUCCUCGUCGUCCUCCUCGUCGCCGCCGCGCUCCGCCCUUCCCCCACUCUCGCCGCGCCAUCCGCAAGUCCCCCUCCGCCGCUUCUCAUCAUGCCCGCCGCUCCGUCUCCUUCCGCGCCCCUCAUCUCCCCCGCCCCCGGCUCGUCUUCCCCCGCUGCCCCUUCCCCCGUGCCGUCCGCCUCCGCCUUCCCCGCGUGCCCCUUGACGGGGAAGCUUCCGCAGAAGCCCAAAGUGGUACCGUCCAGGUGUCCCGGCGCAGCUGAGCUGUCGUGCUGUGAUUCGUGCACGGAUCUGAACUCGGCACUGAUGCUCGUGGGGUCCACGCUCGGCGAUCUCGUGGCGGCUAUCGACCCCGCGCUGCUGGAUUUUAUCAAUGCAACAAUUAAGGUGGGCUUACUGUACCUCGUUGUGCCUCGCGUGCUUCAAACGAAUCAUCUUGUGGCGGUUAUCGACCCCGCGCUGCUGGACUUAACAAAAGGGACAACCAAGAUCUGCAACCUGUUUGCCCGUCAGAUCAAGUGCGCGCAGGCCAUGGAGGACCUCGUCUGUGCCGCCACCACCUCCCCCUCCCUUUCUCAACCCUUCCCCCCCCUACCCCGUUCAGAUCUGCGACCUGUUUGCCGGCCAGAUCAGAUCAAGCGCGCACAGGCCAUGGAGGACCUUCUGUUGAUCGUUCUCCCCUCUAAAUUGAUCUGCGACCUGUUUGCCGGCCAGAUUAAGUGUGCGCAGGCCAUGGAGGACCUCGUCUGUGCCGCCCAAUGCAACCCGGACGCUGGAAAGUACAUCAAAUCCGCAGCCUCUGCUGCUGCUGGCGCUAAUGCUACCGGUCCCACCAUGACCGUGUGCCCAGCCUAUGCUGAAAAAGUGUUCGCCAGCUGCCAGGGACUGUCAGUUGGCGAUGGCGUAAGCCUGACAACCUUCAUCCCAGACGCAAAGAAUUUCAUGUCCAUGGUGGUGGGGAACAUCGUCAAAGUGCUGGGGGUGACGGGCUUCACGGCCAAAGUGGGAGCGACGUCCUGUUUUAUGGGCACAACCCAGUUCCCUCCCUACAUCGCAUGCUGCGAUCCUCUCGCCGUCCCUCCCACCUGCCCUGCUACAGCCAUCAACACCACUCGCUACGCCUCCAUAAUCAACAGACCAGUCAACUCCUCCUCCUGCCAAGCGGGGAUCCUCCCCACGCCCGCCCCUGCCCCCGCCCCUGCCGCCCCUCCCGCCCCUCCCGCACCUGCUCCCGCCCCUCCUCCUGAAUUCUCACCAGUACCUGCCCCUGCACCGGCUCCUGCUGUUGACAUUCCUCCCUCCUCUCCUCCCACUUCUCCUCCCACUGGCCUCCCCGUCGUUCCCAGCCCUCCCUCCCAAGUGGCUUCAGCCCCCCCUCCCUCUACUCCUCCCUCCUCUCCUCCACCCAUCACUACAUCCCCUCCUCCUCCUCCAAAGCCUGCCUCCCCGCCUGCAUCCACCUAUCUCUCCCUCCUCUCCUCUCUUCUCUCUGCUGGUGUUGCCCUGCUAGCACCUGCACUGCUGCUGUGA